CGGAAUACAUGUAGUCGAGCAAAGGUGGCGUUUGGAAUUUGUUGACAAUCUGCAAUCUGUCCAUAUUCAUAUUGUCAAUAUGAUUCCAUGGUAUAUAAUCAAGCAUUACUUACAGAAGCAUUCCAAGUUUUGUACUUCAACAGUCAUCCUUCUCCUAUUUACAUUCAUUUUCUACAGAUAUUUUUCACUUAUCCUCAUAAUAUGGUCGUUCAUCUUUGGACUUGCGGUAACUUAUAGCUGUAUAAGCUCAGACACACUUUUACCAAGUCUUCUUUUCCUGUACCAUGGAAAGAAAAAGAAGGAUGAUGAGGAUGAUGAGUUGACUUUAAUGAAGACAGUGUGUACUGUGUGUGGUCAGCGUCGCUGCCCAAGACACAGACCAGAGUUGAACAUACUAGCAUUCCAGCCGUGGACAUAUCUAAAAGUGCGGAAGCGAGUGGAUGAGUCAGUAGAGGAGUUUGCAAACAUUGUUUUAAAGGAAUUCCUCUACACUUGGUAUAGGGACCUCAGUACAGAUGAGGGUUUUCCUGACGAGCUGAAGACCAGUAUUCGCUUCUUGGCUUCUGUGCUCCUCAGACGGCUGAAAAAGGUGGAUAUUUCAAAAAUGGUCAGUGAGAAGCUAAUCAAAGCAGCUCUCCAGCAUCUCCAUGUCUACCUGGAGGCUCGCAAGCACUCUCCCCCUGGUGGUGACCUACAACAGGCGACCUUGGAGAGACUGGGACCUAACAUGCAUGUAGCAAUGUUGAGUCGUAAGUGUGAGCUGGAAUAUCUUCGUCGCCUAGUGGAGUCCCUAUUUCCUUAUAUUCUACCUCCGCAGGCUGUCAAAUCCAAGUGUACCUGUGCAUUAAUCAGGGAAAUUCUAGCCGGCUCAGUUCUCUUGCCUGCCCUGGAUGCUGUCGCAAACCCUGAUAUGGUGAACAAUCUCAUCCUGAUAUUCCUGGAUAAAACUCCACCUCCAGCUGCCAUGGACCCUCCUUCUCCAUAUGUCCCAUUCCUGGAAAACUUUGCCAAACCAUUGACACAAAAUAAAUCAUGCCUGAGGGUAGAGCUGAAGGAUAUAUUAUGUAGAGAUAAUCCCAAACACCUGUACCCAUUCAUGCAGUUCUUAAAGAAUGAAGGAGCCAUUAAUGUACUGCAGUUCUCCUUGGCCUGUGAGGACUUCAACACUCGCAUCCUGAGCCCAGAGCUCUCCCAGGGGGACUUAGUAGAGCUCCAUAAUAUGGCUAAGGACCUAUACAAAAGCUACUGUGCAAAGGAUGCAGUGGACCGCAUCAAAUUUGAUGAAGAUAUUGUUAGUGAACUGGCUGAGGUUGUAGAAGGCCCCCCGCAUCAGGUUGUGAAAUUAAGGACAUCAACACCACUGUUCAAAGCUUAUGACCAUACUUACGACUUACUGGAGAAUACAUUCCUUCCAUUAUUUCAUCAGAGCAAUGAUUAUUAUACCAUGCUGUGUGGUAGUAGAGAAACAAGUUAUGUUCCCAAAGCUCUAGCAAGUUCGUUAGCCCCUCCCAGACCAGUUCUGUGUAAUUUUAGACCUGUGGAAAGGAAAGGCUUUGGUCUGUCUAACAUUGGAACCAAGAUAAAAGGAGUCUUUAAGAGCGGAGAGGGGAGACAGAAUCAACUGAUGGACCCAGGGAUGACUGAUUUUGAAGAUGCUGAUAAAAUUACAAUAAGUUCCUGUAACUCGCUGGAUGACGAGAUUUCGGAGUCGGUGAUUAGCGACGGAGAACUGCCAGACUUCACCCAGAUAACCAUUCCUGACCUGAGUACAUGGAGGGUUUCCAUCCCACGCAUCGGGGCCAGGCCUGACCCUGACAACUUCAAGAAGCAAUUCUUUGUGUUUAUCAUCGACAUUCGCAGGGUGGACAUCUCGGAAGAUAACAUUGGAGCUAAUGCUGGAAGAGCUAAUUGGAUUGUUGCUAGAAGAUACCAAGAAUUCUACGUCCUUGAGAAUAAGCUGGCUGAAUUUCAUGAGGGCCUUCUGCAGGACUGUAGACUCCCACCGAAGAAACUGAUAGGGACCAAUAAUCAGGAGUUCACAGAGAGCAAAAGGGAACAGUUCGAGACUUACCUACAGAAAUUGUUAACCAAGCCAUACCUGACAGGCAGUCAGCUUCUGUACAACUUCCUGACAACAGAAAACGAGUUCACUACAGGGUUCUUAUCAGACAUCAAACUAGGGAAAAUGUUCAAGUCUGGAGCCAUGAAGCUUGUUAAAGAGAGAGGGCAGCACUUGGACAUGUACCUGAAUUCUUUUGUACAAUCAACCGUGGCUCCCCCUCCCAAGCCCAGCAAACCAGAAAGACGGGGAUCCGAUACUUCUCUGAAAUCUACCUCCAGUGAGAAGCUUUGUGCAAGUUUGUACGAGAAUAAUGCAAACUACUCCAAUGACAGCAUCUGCUCCAAUCUGUCUCGCAGCUCUGAUGGAAUGGAGUGGUAUCCCAUGGCAACCACAGACAUGGAGACUUUCAGGGGCCAGGAUGUAGAGGGAGCUUUUGAUAUUAUUGUUUACAUAGCUCGGUAUGUGUAUGGAGUUCCUGAUUGGUUCCAUCACCUCCUGAUGACGGGUAGAAUCCUCUUUAAGUCUUCCCUAGAACACUACUUGCAGCUGUUUAUAGAACAGAAAUUGGAGCAGGUCACCCAGGAGCACAGAGUUGUGGCCCUUGUUCACUUACUCAGGGAUGUGCUUUUCUUUGACAAAGAUCCUCCAAGAACUGAUGAACAGAAGAGUGAACGGUUCAAGACCUGUUUACAGGGCUGUUUAGAUUACUUACCCGGUGCUUUUGUCUCGGUGGUGGGACGGAAAAAUCAUGAGGAGGGAACCAAACUGGUGUUGGAGGUUCUACAACAGCCAAAACUUAACAAACAGUUGUCAUACGUUUUUCUGGAUAUUCUUCUGCAAGAGCUAUUCCCAGAACUGAGAGGAUAGACCAGAACAUAUUUACUAUACUGAUGAUAAGCACCUUAGUAUUCUUAACCCACCUUAUUGAUCUUCAAAACAUAUUUAGUGUGUCUGUCUCAUCCAUUUCAUGUCAAACUUGUUGAAUUUUAUUUUGUGCACCAUAAUUUUCUAGCAGGAUUUGAUAUUGUAAGUUUUUAGUCUUUCAGACACCAUUAUUUUAUUUAAAGAUAGUAUUUCAUGUUUUGGGUAAAAAUUAGGGAUGUCAGUUUUACUGGAAGAGUGUAGUCGAUAGAAUGGGGAGUUAGUUGAUCGAUAGUCAAGUAUUUGUUGCUUUAUUUGAAACUGUGAAUUCUUUCUAAUAAAAUAAAGCUACUUUUACAUACAUUGUAUCUGUAAUUAAAAAAAAUAAAAAACUUAUAAUUAUACUUCAUUGAAAAUAAAACCGAAAAGUAUUUUUGACAUUCAUUUAAACAUAUCUGAGCAAAUGUCUUGGAUUUUUCUCUUUCUUGUGAAGCUUGUGAGGCUUACGCAUAUUUGUGCUACAUAUCAUCUAAGGCAAGUCAAAUGUGUUUUGUAAAAAGUCAUUGUCCCUUGCCUAAUAAGGAUUAGGUUUUAAUGAUUACUAAAACAAACAUAUAAAGAUGAUAAUUAAAUUCUUAUUCAUACAAACAUAAUUAAAUUGUCAAUAAUAUUUAACAUUAAAGGAGACGCCAAAUUGGUCUCCUUAAUUACAUGUACAUGUAUGCAUAAGUAGUUUUAUUCAAACCAAUAAUUUAAUGUGACAAAUUUAUUACUGUAGCCACUUUAAAAAUACACUAAGUGCAUUGAUGGAACAUACUGUAACUUAUGGAUAAAAGAUGCCACCAAGGAAAGGCAGCUUACAACUUAUAU